AUGGAUCAUGAUGAGGUAAACUCAAGCCUGAAUUUGCUUAUUUAAACGAGAUAGGCAUAUGUAUGAAGUCAUCCAGCUUGAUAAUAUGUUAAUUUUAAACCUGCAUGUCAUGCAAUGCAAAUGUUUUAGUUGCUAAUCUUCAGUAGCUAGUUCUAAGUCUAGGCCCAGGGCGCUAUUUGCCCUUAUCAUGACUCCAAUUGCAUUGCAUUGGAGUCAUUCCACAUCCCCUUUUGAUUAGCUGAAGGGAUUCAAGUGAGAAAUGCUCUAUCUAGAAACAAAUGGAUCCUUGAUUGCGAUACACUUUUGGAAACCUUGAACACCACUGAAUUAGCAUCCAAAAAUAACUUUACAAAUAUUCAAGAUACACUUACUGUUAGCUGUUUUACAGAUUUCCACUGAGGUUUUUUGUUUAAUGCAGCUACACGAGCCAACGUUUUUGUUGUUGUUCCCUCCCGAGUUUCCAUUAACUCAGGAAGUGUUGUUGUAGUUCAGGUAAAUGUGCAAUGCAAAACAACUCUGUGGAAUUAUAUUUUAAAAAAUGCACAGUAGGUUUAUAUUUUGUAUUUGUACAAUUAUUUCUCUGUGAAAUGAAAGUGAAGUUCCAAAGGUUUCCAAAACCGUAUCGCAAGUGAGUUUUAUUAGCGUUUCUAAAUGUUAAAACAGAGUGUUGGGAUUGUAGUUCACAUUGCCCAGCUGAGGUCCAUACUUUCAACUGAGAACCCUAGGGCCGGCUGAAUGUCCUCUUGGGUACUCGAGAGCUAGGGCCCUAUGUGAUAGCAAAGUAUGAGAACAACUGACCUUUCAAUUGGUUAUAAGGGAUGCCAUGGAGAAGGGACACUAUUUGUCAAUCAUAGUUUUAAUUCUUUGGCAGUUCAGUUAUUGUGAACUCACAACUAGCCUAACAAAACAAUUUUGACUUGGCAGUAAUAUUUUCUGUUAGAUCACAACAACAGGUGGGGGUGGAUGAGACCUGAUGCUCUGGGGCAGCUUGUUGAACCAUUCUGCCUACUAUCAUGUUGAACAAUGUCUUUAGUAGCCUUGUAGUCUCAUCGUUGAAUGAUGAGCCGUGUCAGGUUACUGGGCUUGCAAAUUACAGUAUUGAAUUCUAUUUUAGGCUGUGUUUAGCGUUGGCAGUGGUCUCUGUGCGUGACCUCCCAUGUGUCACAAAGGAGAUCACAUUACAGUUAAACUGACUGCUUUGCUGUUAAAUCAUUCAAUCACACCAAAUGGUACGACAUGGCAUCACCUGUAAAAAGGAAAUAACUAUGGCGUAUCAUUUUGUUUAAUGCGUUUUGUUAUGGCGCCCAGGUUCCGUCGGAGUUGGAUCAGAUUGCCCUGCGUCUGCAGGAGGGCGGCCUGGCUCACUCGGCAAGUCCGGAGGAGUGUCAGCGGCACCUGUGGCGUCAGCUCCUGCAUUGUGAGGGAGACCUGCGCACAGCUACCCAGGAGCUGCACACACUGCGCACACAGCAGGCCACCGAGAUGAAAGAGGUGAGGCACAGAGCUCAGCAGACACCACACUGUGAUUACUCAGUCAGUGUGAACUGACUUGGGAUCAGCAUUUCCCAUCACAGUUAUCCCGCUAACCGUUUUGAAGUAAAUUACACAACUGGUUCUGGAACAGUUGCCUAAGACAUAAUGCACAUAACACACCAGGGGCCACAGACGGUAGGCUAGGAUCUGCUAUCUGAUGCCUAGUUCUAAAGAAUGGUUAAUGAGGCGUUCAUAUCACAUUUGUGCUGCUAUCCUCCUUCUGGUGCACGAGGAAGCUGGUGAAUAGUCUUGCCCACAGCUAUCUUGUUUUAAAGCAAAACUAUAGCCUACUGCAGGGUUGCCCAACCCUGUUCCUGGAGAGCUAACCUCCUGUAGGUUUUCGCUCCAACCCCAGGUGUUACUAACCUGAUUAAUCUUAUCAGCCUGCUAAUUAUUAGAAUCAGGUGUGCUAGAUUAGGGUUGGAGCAAAAACCUACAGGACGGUAGCUCUCCAGGAACAGGGUUGGGCAGUCCUGGCCUACUGUAUUCAGUCCACAAAUUGCAUUCUACAUUUAUUUUACAUUUAACUCAUGGUAGCAGUGUUUAGACAAUCCAGAACUGAAAACGGGCAGCAAAAGUUCCAAUGGGAUUCAGUCAGCUCUGUCCAAUUUAAUACAGGUACUAGUAAAGUACUGGUCCGGUUCUCAAUAUCAUCCCUACCAGGGGGGUAGCCUCAUCCAUGGACCAAUGUCAUUCAUGGCUGGCUGUCGGUCUGUCUCAGGUGGAGAACUAUGUGGAGCACAUCCGUGGCCUGCUGGAGGAGCGUGAGUCUCUGACAGCCGAGUAUGAGCGGGACAACGAGCAGCUCCAUGCAGACCUCCAGCAGAUUAGGCUCCAGCAAGGUAUUUAGGCAAGAUUAAUGGAAGAUGUAUUCACUGGCACGCAUUGUUGUCACUUAGCACACACUGUGAAAAGUUGUCUGAACAACAGUGUAGACACAGAAUCUUGCUUAUGUCUAUCUCUACAAGUACCUGGGCGGUUGGGAUUAGUAGCCGUUUGUGAUUGGGCAAGACACUGCAUUGACCCAAUUACUCUCCUUUCCACUGUCUCACAGAUUCACAGAGGAAGGAGGUGGUGGAGAUGCUGGCCCAGGAGGACUUGGGUGAAAUUGGCCUCAGCAGCACCAGUGAGCAGGUGGCCUACCUGCUGGUGGAGAGGGCCACGCUGUUGGAGAGACUGGAGGCUGCAGAGAGGAGGCUGGACACGCAGAGCCUCACAGGCAACCUCAGGGAGGUCCACCUGCAGGUAACGGACUAUGUUUUUAUUGGUUAUUUUCUAUCUUGUUUGUGUUCCACAAUGAAGGCUAUAAGUAAAGCUGUUUUCAAAUACAGUCAAUUAAAUGUAUGUAAAUCACGGAAUGCAGUUUUAAAUGUAUGUGACUGUCCUGGGGUGUGGGGUUGCUGUGUUUCACAGGACGAGCUGGAUCAUAUUCGCCACACUAUGGAGGAAGAGUUAAGACAGCAGAGGGAGACUAUGCAGUGUACCAAAGAAAGCAUGAACCAGGUGAAGAGGGAUAACUAUAGAUAUCUGGGUGGAAAACCUCCUCUUGCUUUAGACUAGUCAGCAUCUCUCUCAGGUUAUGAAAGAAAAGAGAUCUGGAAGUGAAAUCUGACUUUAAAGAGCCAAUCUGCAAAUGCUACAUACAUUUUUGGACUUUUAAAUUCAUUAUAUAUACCCAUUGAUUAUUGAAGAAUAUAAGUUAUAAAUACCUCAUGAGCUUAGUUCAAUUGUCGUACCCCAUCAGAACCCCAAAAUACAAACUCAUUUGUUUGUAAACAAUUAAAUUUUAAGCAAACACUGUAUAGCCUCAAAACAUGGUUAAAACCAUAAUUUUGAUAUCAUGGAUGGUCCGUUGAAAUGGUUACAUUUCUCCAGCCCUAGCCCUCAUCUGUUUACCUAAACAGUGACUGGGUGUCACUUUGUUAUUGUUGAAACUGCAGAUUGACCCUUUAAUUUAAAAAAAUGUAUUUAGCACAGGGUUUCCCAAACUCGGUCCUCGGGACCCCAAGGCCCUAACACUACACAGCUGAUUUCAAAUAAUCAACUAAUCAUCAAGCUUUGAUAAUUUGAAUCAGCUGUGUAGUGUUAGGGCAAAAAUCCCCCUUGGGGUCCUGAGGACCGAGUUUGGGAAACGCUGAUUUAGCGUCUAAGUUGAUACCGCCUUGACGCAGCUGGCAUUGAUCCUGGACAGUGGGGACACCCUCAUAGGUUCUCUUGUCAAUCCUUCUGCCCCGUGGUCUUUCUUCCCAAGGAGCAGCAGUCUCCAGCUCAGAGGCCUUGGAAGAAGCUGUUUGGCCUACGCAAGUCCUCACAGAGCACACACAAUGGUGCCCCUGUAGGUCCCCAUCUUAUCUGCCAUAUCCAACUAACCAUGAUAUUGUAAUGACUUGAGGCAAGAUUGCAUGGGUCAACUUUUCUGUGGUUCUUCCUUUCAAGUCCUAUUUCAGAGCCGUACUACUGUUGGCAAGGCAUCCACGACACUGCUCACAUUGCUAACCCUGGAGCCUUACUAACUGCUUAAAUAUUUAAAUUUUUUAGACUGGCAUUUUGAAUGGCAUGGGCAUUGGGAGUUAUGGGUCUGGUGGAAAUUGUCCACGUUUAUAUGAAGCUCUGUAAACGUAAUUAUUACCAAGAAAAAUAAAGUAUCAAUAUGGGUUUUUUAGUUGGGUUUCAGCUUCAGUACAUUUAUGUACUCUAUCAGAUGCAAAUAUCUAUAAACAUUUUAUCCAUAUUAUUGCCACACAUGCAUUUGUUUAAAGUUCUAACGCCAACAUGGUAUCUUGACUCCGUAGUAUUUGCUCUCCCUCUGUCUCAGGUCCGCAAUGAGGACGUAUCCCAGGAGCGUUCCGAGCGCCAGCGGCUGGAGAGGGAUCUGGAGGAGGCAGCUCGGAGGCUUUCCAUGGCCCACGAGGACAUCCGCAGACUGACAGACGAGCUGGAAUCUGCCAAGAAGACCCAGGCCAUGUGUGGUAUGAGACAACAAUAUUAUCUUUCUCAUUAUAUUGUACAGGUAACUACCAAAAUAAAACACCAACAUAAAGUGUCUUAAUAGGGCGUUGGGCCACCACGAGCCUGAACAGCUUCAAUGCACCUUGGCAUAGAUUCUACAAGUGUCUGGAACUCUGUUGGAAGGAUGUGACACCAUUCUUCCGUGAGAAAUUCCAUCAUUUGGUGUUUUGUUGUAGGUGGUGGAAAACGCUGUCUCAGGUGCCGCUACAGAAUCUCCCAUAAGUGUUCAAUUGGGUUGAGAUCUGGUGACUGAGACGGCCAUGGUAUCAAACCAUUCAGUGACCACUCCGUGCCCUUUGGAUGGGGGCAUUGUCAUCCUAUGGGGGCCUAGACAUGGUAGCCAAAAUAAUGGCCUAAACAUUUUUAUACAUUACCCUAAGCAUGAUGGGAUGUUAAUUGCUUAAUUAACUCAGGAACCACAGCUCUGUGGAAUCACCUGCUUUCAAUAUAUUUUGUAUUCCUCACUUAAGUGUUUCCAUUAUUUUAAUAAUAAUAAUAAUAUGCCAUUUAGCAGACGCUUUUAUCCAAAGCGACUUACAGUCAUGCGUGCAUACAUUAUUUUAUUUUUUUGUGUAUGGGUGGUCCCGGGGAUCGAACCCACUAUCUUUGCCUUACAAGCGCCGUGCUCUACCAGCUGAGCUACAGAGGUUACCUGUAGUACCAAGCAAUAACAUGAACACCUUCUCACUUCUGAGUUGACUAAUAUAAAAUAGAAUGUAAUUGAUAUUCCCCUACACAUUUUCUUAGUACACUAUUUGCUGGGCAGUUCAGGGUGCAUCCUGCAGUCACACAAAUAAAAUCAGCAUUUGGUCUUAUCAAUCUGUGUUACGGCCCAACAAUAACCGGAAGACAAACCAUUAGCCAAACACAUCAAUACAUUCCACGUCACAAGUUUGGCUUCUCGUCAUCAGACGAGUGUUGGAAGGGUGGAUGGUGUAAGUGGUUUGGCGUGAGUGGUCGUGGCAGCAAGAGGACAGAGUAGGAGAAAGUGGUUGAGAUGCCACCCUGGCUGCACAUUUGUGGUACCCGAUGAAGGCAGAACCCCCGUAGUGGACAGAUAGGUAAGCCAGCAAAUGACAGGAUCAACAGGAGAAGCAGCAGGAAACUCCGUAAAGGAGGCGAGGCCUAUAAAAUGCACAAAUAUUGAUUAAACAUUUUAUAUAACAGGCAGGCUUACAUUUGAUGCAGUGUUAAAUGUGUGCACGUAUAGCCUACUUGUAAUUACUUUAAAUAUUUUAUAAUACUUGGGUCAUUCCACAAAUAGAGUGCCUUUUGGGUAGUGUAUUUUUGUCAGAAAUUAUUAUUUAAUCUAAUUUUAACAUUGUUAUAAAGAGCAUGUCUUCAACUUCAUAACAAACAUGUUUUCCCAGGUUAAAUUAGUCAUAUUACAGAAAUUCUGCCUAAGUUCACCCAGUAAUUUUGAAACUAGUGCUCACUAGCCAAAAUGGAUCCCCGUAAAUUGUGUACAACGUCAUAUAAUGUGUAUCAUGUAAUUGUUCUCGAGCCCUGCAGCAUGUGCACAAAGAGAGUAAAAAAAACUGUGGUGUGCUUGGGCCAACUCUGCAACCUCAUUGGACAAUUCUGGGCUGACCUGAUCCCGCCUCCCACCUGGUGUUUAUUUGCUAAAAUGGAAAGUGAUGCCCGGCCAUUAUAAAAAACCUGCAUGUGUUGGAGUCAAUUAUGUAUAUAUAUCCUAGAUGACUGACGGGGCGCUGUUUUUAAGCCAUUGCGGAGCCAUUUUUGUACUCCACCAUUACCAUUGUAAAAAAAGCAUUUGGAAGCUAUAUAAAUGCAUUUACAGUGCAUUCGGAAAGUAUUCAGACCCCUUUACUUUUUCAACAUUUUGUUACGUUACAGCCUUACUCUCAAAUGGAUUAAAUGAAAUGUUUUCCUCAUUAAUCUACACACAAUACCCCAUAAUGACAAAGUGAAAACAGGUUUGUAGAAAUGUUUGCGCAUUUAUAUAAAAAUUAAAAACAGAUACCAUAUUAACAUAAGUAUUCAGACCCUUUGCUAUGAGACUCGAAAUUGAGCUCAGGUGCAUCCUGAUUCCAUUGAUCAUCCAUGAGAUGUUUCUACAAUUUGAUUGGAGUCCAUCUGUGGUAAAUUCAAUUGAUUGGAAAUGAUUUGGAAAGGCACACACCUGUCUAUAUAAGGUCCCACAGUUGAUAGUGCAUGUCAGAGCAAGAACCAAGCCAUGAGGUCGAAGGAAUUGUCCGUAGAGAUCCGAGACAGGAUUGUGUUGAGGCACAGAUCUGUGGAAGGGUUCCAAACUAUUUCUGCAGCUUUGAAGGUCCCCAAGAACACAAUGGCCUCCAUCAUUCUUAAAUGGAAGAAGUUUGGAACCACCAAGACUCUUCCUAGAGCUGGCUGCCCGGCCAAACUGAGCAAUCGGGGGAGAAGGGCCUUGGUCAGGGAGGUGACCAAGAACCCGAUGGUCACUCUGACAGAGCACCAGAGUUUCUCUGUGGAGAUGGGAGAACCUUCCAGAAGGAGAACCAUCUCUGCAGCACUCCACCAAUCAAGCCUUUACGGUAGAGUGGCCAGACGGAAGCCACUCUUCAGUAAAAGGCACAUGACAGCCCGCUUGGAGUUUGCCAAAAGGCACCUGAAGGACUCUCAGACCAUGAGAAACAAGUUUCUCUGGUCUGAUGAAACCAAGAUUGAACUCUUUGGCCUGAAUGCCAAGCGUCACAUCUGGAGGAAACCUGGCACCAUCCCUAUGGUGAAGCAUGGUGGUGGCAGCAUCCUGCUGUGGGGAUGUUUUUCAGCGGCAGGGACUGGGAGACUAGUCAGGAUCGAGGGAAAGAUGAACGGAGCAAAGUACAGAGAGAUCCUUGAUGAAAACCUGCUCCAGAGCACUCAGGACCUCAGACUGGGGCGAAGGUUCACCUUCCAACAGGACAACGACCCUAAGCACACAGCCAAGACAACGCAGGAGUGGCUUCGAGACAAGUCUCUGAAUGUCCUUGAGUGGCCCAGCCAGAGCCCGGAUUUGAACCCAAUCGAACGUCUUUGGAGAGACCUAAAAAUAGUUGUGCAGCGAUGCUCCCCAUCCAACCUGACAGAGCUUGAGAGGAUAUGCAGAGAAGAAUGGGAGAAACUCCCAAUAUCGGUGUGGCAACCUUGUAGUGUCAUACCCAAGAAGACUCGAUGCUGUAAUCGCUGCCAAAGGUGCUUCAACAAACUACUGAGUAAAAGGUCUGAAUACUUAUUUAAAUGUACUACAGUGGGGGAAAAAAGUAUUUAGUCAGCCACCAAUUGUGCAAGUUCUCCCACUUAAAAAGAUGAGAGAGGCCUGUAAUUUUCAUCAUAGGUACACGUCAACUAUGACAGACAAAAUGAGAAAAUAAAAUCUAGAAAAUCACAUUGUAGGAUUUUUAAUGAAUUUAUUUGCUAAUUAUGGUGGAAAAUAAGUAUUUGGUCACCUAGAAACAAGCAAGAUUUCUGGCUCUCACAGACCUGUAACUUCUUCUUUAAGAGGCUCCUCUGUCCUCCACUCAUUACCUUUAUUAAUGGCUCCUGUUUGAACGUGUUAUCAGUAUAAAAGACACCUGUCCACAACCUCAAACAGUCACACUCCAAACUCCACUAUGGCCAAGACCAAAGAGCUGUCAAAGGACACCAGAAACAAAAUCGUAGACCUGCACCAGGCUGGGAAGACUGAAUCUGCAAUUGGUAAGCAGCUUGGUUUGAAGAAAUCAACUGUGGGAGCAAUUAUUAGGAAAUGGAAGACAUACAAGACCACUGAUAAUCUCCCUCGAUCUGGGGCUCCACGCAAGAUCUCACCCCGUGGGGUCAAAAUGAUCACAAGAACGGUGAGCAAAAAUCCCAGAACCACACGGGGGGACCUAGUGAAUGACCUGCAGAGAGCUGGGACCAAAGUAACAAAGCCUACCAUCAGUAACACACUACGCCGCCAGGGACUCAAAUCCUGCAGUGCCAGACGUGUCCCCCUGCUUAAGCCAGUACAUGUCCAGGCCCGUCUGAAGUUUGCUAGAGUGCAUUUGGAUGAUCCAGAAGAGGAUUGGGAGAAUGUCAUAUGGUCAGAUGAAACCAAAAUAUAACUUUUUGGUAAAAACUCAACUCGUCGUGUUUGGAGGACAAAGAAUGCUGAGUUGCAUCCAAAGAACACCAUACCUACUGUGAAGCAUGGGGGUGGAAACAUCAUGCUUUGGGGCUGUUUUUCUGCAAAGGGACCAGGACGACUGAUCCGUGUAAAGGAAAGAAUGAAUGGGGCCAUGUAUCGUGAGAUUUUGAGUGAAAACCUCCUUCCAUCAGCAUGGGCAUUGAAGAUGAAACGUGGCUGGGUCUUUCAGCAUGACAAUGAUCCCAAACACACCGCCCGGGCAACGAAGGAGUGGCUUCAUAAGAAGUAUUUCAAGGUCCUGGAGUGGCCUAGCCAGUCUCCAGAUCUCAACCCCAUAGAAAAUCUUUGGAGGGAGUUGAAAGUCCGUGUUGCCCAGCGACAGCCCCAAAACAUCACUGCUCUAGAGUAGAUCUGCAUGGAGGAAUGGGCCAAAAUACCAGCAACAGUGUGUGAAAACCUUGUGAAGACUUACAGAAAACGUUUGACCUGUGUCAUUGCCAACAAAGGGUAUAUAACAAAGUAUUGAGAAACUUUUGUUAUUGACCAAUUACUUAUUUUCCACCAUAAUUAGUAAAUAAAUUCAUAAAAAAUCCUACAAUGUGAUCUUCUGGACAUUUUUUUCUCAUUUUGUCUGUCAUAGUUGACGUGUACCUAUGAUGAAAAUUACAGGCCUCAUCUUUUUAAGUGGGAGAACUUGCACAAUUGGUGGCUGACUAAAUACUUUUUUCCCCCACUGUAUUUCAUUUUUUUCAAUUUUAAAAACAAUUGCAAAAAUGUCUAAAAAUCUGUUUUUGCUUCGUCAUUAUGGGGUAUUGUGUGUAGAUUAAAUUGUUUAUUUUUCUCAUCAAUCAAUUUUAGAAUAAGGCUUUAAUGUAACAAAAUGUGGAAAAAGUCAAGGGGUCUGAAUUCUAUCCGAAUGCACUGUAUAUCUACAUUCCUUUUAGAAUGUUCUAUUAGACACCUUAAUGCAUACAUUAAACUAAUAAUCUGCAAUUCAUAUGAUAUGUUACGAAUUCCAGUUCGUACAAUAUUUUACGAAUUUUUAUGUGCUUAAGAUCCCAUUUAAUCUCUUUAAAUACAUAACAUUUUGUCCUUGAAACAUUGUAGAAUUCCAUUAAUUCCUAGUACCAAUAAGGCGGACAGUGCCUUGAAAGUCUAAUUUGCCAAUACAUGUGAGCAAUCAAGGGUUUAUAUACAGUCAGAUGUUAUGGGGCUAUUUUGCUUCCACUGGUCCUGGGGCCCUUGUUAAGGUGAACUUUACCAAGUACCAGGACAUUUUAGCCAAAAACCUGCUUGCUUCUAUCAGGAAGCUGUAACUUGGCCGCAAGUGGAUCUUCCAGCAAGACAAUGACUCCAAGCACACCACAAAAUCCCCCACCAAAUCUUAAUUGACCACAAAAUCAACAUUUCGCAAUGGCGAUCUCAGUCUCAGGACUUGAACCCCAUCGAAAACCUGUGGUUUGAAUUUAAGAGGGGCAGUCCAUAAGAGCAGAUAAAGUGUAUCAAGGAUCUUGAAAGAUUCUUUAUGGAGGAAUGGUCUAAACUUUUUUUUUACCCCAUUUUCUCCCCAAUUUGGUGAUAUCCAAUUGGUAGUUACAGUCUUGUCCCAUCGCUGCAACUCCCGUACGGACUCAGGAGAGGCGACGGUCGAGAGCCAUGCGUCCUCCAAAACACGACCCUGCCAAGCCGCACUGCUUCUUGACACACUGCUCACUUAACCCGGAAGCCAGGCGCACCAAUGUGUCGGAGGAAACACUGUACAACUGGCGACCGUGUCAGCGUGCAUGUGCCCGGCACGCCACAGGAGUCGCUAGAGCGCAAUGGGACAAGGACAUCCCGGCCGGCCAAACCCUCCCCUAACCCGGACGACGCUGGGCCAAUUGUACGCCGCCUCAUGGAUCUCCCGGUCACGGCCGGCUGCGACACAGCCUGGGAUUGAACACGGGUCUGUAGUGACGCCUCCAUCACUGCAACGCAUUGCCUUAGACCGCUGCACCACUCAGGAGGCCACACAUUUUAUUUCUUAUGAUUUUAACACACAACGGGAAGGAAAGGAGAAUAUGCCGCUGUGUGGCAUCACCAUGAAAGGAUUGCUAAUGUUCAGGAGGGCAGUUCAUCCCUUUUCCCCAUGACAUGAGAAAUGUUGGGAAAUUUUAAAAAUAUUUGAAAACAAUGUAAUAAAGUGUGAUAUUAGUGACAGAAAUGCUGGAGUAAUAGAAGUGUGUAGCCUACUCUUAAAAUCAUGUCACAAUUUGUCAUUUGUAAAAAAUGUAGGACCUGAGCUUGAGCGAACUGGUCAAGAGGUGGAGAGCCUGAGGAAGGAGGUGGACAAGCUGAAGCAAUGUGGUGAGAUACUACUUGACCUUGAUAGUUCCUCUUCCAUCUAAUUUUUCUUCACAAUCCAUAUUAACACUGAGUCCUAACAAGCGCCGUUAUUGACUGGAGCCAGUUGGUGACUUAUGCACACCAAGUGUGUAAGAUAGGCUAACUUAAACUACUGUUACGAAACAAACUAGCCAGCCUACAGAAAACUCUACUCUUGCUAUAUCUAGGGGUUCUGUGUGUGUGUGUGUGUGUGUGUGUGUGUGUGUGUGUGUGUGUGUGUGUAUACAUACAUACAUACAUACAUACAUACAUACAUACAUACAUACAUACAUACAUACAUACAUACAUACAUACAUACAUACAUACAUACAUACAUACAUACAUACAUACAUACAUACAUACAUACAUACAUACAUACAGUAGCAGUCAAAGGUUUGGACACACCUACUCAUUCAAGGCUUUUUCUUUAUUUGUACAUCAAAACGACAUCAAAACUAUUAAAUAACACAUAUGGAAUCAUAUUUUAUAUUUGACAUUUUUCAAAUAGCCACCCUUUGCCUUGAUGACAGCUUUGCACACUUUUGGCAUUCUCUCAACCAGCUUCACCUGGAAUGCUUUUCCAACAGUCUUGAAGGCGUUCCCACAUAUGCUGAGCACUUGUUGGCUGCUUUUCCUUCACUCUGCUGUCCGACUCAUCCCAAACCAUUUCAAUUGGGUUGAGGUCGGGGGAUUGUGGAGGCCAGGUCAUCUGAUGCAGCACUCCAUCACUCUCCUUCUUGGUAAAAUAGCCCUUACACAGCCUGGAGGUGUGUUGGGUCAUUGUCCUGUUGAAAGUUCAAAGUACUUGAAAUGUUCCGUAUUGACUGUCCUUCAUGUCUUAAAGUAAUGAUGGACUGUCGUUUGUCUUUGCUUAUUUGAGCUGUUCUUGCAAUAAUAUGGACUUGAUAUUUUACCAAAUAGGGCAAUCUUCUGUAUACCCCCAUACCUUGUCACAACACAACUGAUUGGCUCAAAUGCAUUAAGAAGGAAAGAAAUUCCACAAAUUAACUUUUAAGAAGGCACACCUGUUAAUUGAAACGCAUUCCAGGUGACUACCUCAUGAAGCUGGUUGAGAGAAUGCAAAGCUGUCAUCAAGGCAAAAGGUGGCUAUUUGAAGAAUCUCAAAUAUAAAAUAUAUUUUGAUUUAAUUAACACUUUUUUGGUUACUACAUGAUUCCAUAUGUGUUAUUUCAUAGUUUUGAUGUCUUCACUAUUAUUCUACAAUGUAAAAAAAAGAAAAAAAAAAGAAAAACCCUUGAAUGAGUAGGUGUGUCCAAACUUGACUGGUUGUAUGUGUGUUGUACAGUUGAAGUCGAAAGUUUACAUACACCUUAGCCAAAUAUAUUUAAACUCAGUUUUUCACAAUUCCUGACAUUUUAUCCUAGCAAAAAUUCCCUGUUUAGGUCAGUUAGGAUCACCACUUUAUUUUAAGAAUGUGAAAUGUCAGAAUAAUAGUAGAGAGAAUGAUUUAUUUUCUGCUUUUAUUUCUUUCAUCACAUUCCCAGUGGGUCAGAAGUUUACAUACACUCAAUUAGUAUUUGGUAGCAUUGACUUUAAAUUGUUUAACUUGGGUCAAAUGUUUCGGGUAGCCUUCCACAAGCUUCCCACAAUAAGUUGGGUGAAUUCUGGCCCAUUCCUCCUGACAGAGCUGAUGUACUGUAACUGAGUCAGGUUUGUAGGCCUCCUUGCUCACACACACUUUUUCAGUUCUGCCCACAAAUGUUCUAUAGGAUUGAGGUCAGGGCUUUGUGAUGGUCACUCCAAUACCUUGACUUUGUUGUCCUUAAGUAAUUUUGCCACAACUUUGGAAGUAUGCUUGGGGUCAUUGUCCAUUUGGAAGACCAAUUUGCGACCAAGCUUUAACUUCCUGACUGAUGUCUUGAGAUGCUGCUUCAAUAUAUCCACAUAAUUUUCCUUCCUCAUGAUGCCAUCUAUUUUGUGAAGUGCACCAGUCCCCCCUGCAGCAAAGCACCCCCACAGCAUGAUGCUGCCACCCCCGUGCUUCACGGUUGGGAUGUUGUUCUUCGGCUUGCAAGCAUCCCCCUUUUUCCUCCAAACAUAACGAUGGUCAUUAUGGCCAAACAGUUCUAUUCAUCAGACCAUAGGAUAUUUCUCCAAAAAGUACGAUCUUUAUGGCAGUUUUGGAGCAGUGGCUUCUUCCUUGCUGAGCGGCCUUUCAGGUUAUGUCAAUAUAGGAUUAGUUUUACUGUGGAUAUAGAUACUUUUGUACCUGUUUCCUCCAGCAUCUUCACAAGGUCCUUUGCUGUUGUUCUGGGAUUGAUUUGCACUUUUCGCACCAAAGUACGUUCAUCUCUAGGAGACAGAACGCGUCUCCUUCCUGAGCGGUAUGACGGCUGUGUGGUCCCAUGGUGUUUAUACUUGCGUACUAUUGUUUGUACAGAUGAACGUGGUACCUUCAGGCGUUUGGAAAUUACUCCCAAGGAUGAACCAGACUUGUGGAGGUCUACAAUUUCCUUUCUGAGGUCUUGGCUGAUUUCUUUUGAUUUUUAUAUUCAGACCCCUUGACUUUUUCCACAUUUUGUUACGUUACAGCCUUAUUCUAUUAUUUAUUUUUUUUCUACACACAAUACCCCAUAAUGACAAAGCAAAAACAGGUUGUUAGAUUUUUUACAAAUAUUUAUUACAAAUAAAAAACAUGAAAUAUCACAUUUACUUAAAUAUUCAGUCCCCUUACUCAGUACUUUGUUGAAGCACUUUUGGCAGCAAUUACAGCCUCGAGUCUUCUUGUGUAUGACGCUACAAGCUUGGCACACCUGUAUUGGGGGAGUUUUUUUCCAUUCUUCUCUGCAGAUCCUCUCAAGCUGUGUCAGGAUGGAUGGGGAGCGUUGCUGCACAGCUAUUUCCAGGUCUCUCCAAAGAUGUUCGAUCGGGUUCAAGGCCAGGCUCUGGCUGGGCCACUCAAGGACGUUCAGAGACUUAUCCCGAAGCCACUCCUGCAUUGUCUUGGCUGUGUGCUUAGGAUCGUUGUCCUGUUGGAAAGUGAACCUUCGCCCCAGUCUGAGGUCCUGAGCGCUCGGGAGCAGGUUUUCAUCAAUGAUCUCUCUGUACUCAGCGCCGUUUAUCUUUCCCUCGAUCCUGACUAGUAUCCCAGUUCCUGCCGCUGAAAAACAUCCCCACAACAUGAUGCUGCCACCACCAUGCUUCACCGUAGGGAUGGUGCCAGGUUUCCUCCAGACGUGACGCUUGGCAUUCAGGCCAAAGAGUUCAAUCUUGGUUUCAUCAGACCAGAGAAUCUUGUUUCUCAUGGUCUGAGAGUGCCUUUUGGAAACUCCAAGCAGGCUGUCAUGUGCCUUUUUCUGAGGAGUGGCUUCUGUCUGGCCACUCUAACAAUAAGGCCUGAUUGGUGGAGUGCUGCGGUGAUUUGUUGUCCUUCUGGAAGAUUCUCCCAUCUCCACAGAGGAACUCUUGAGCUCUGUCAGAGUGACCAUCGGAUUCUUGGUCAACUCCCUGACCAAGGCCCUUCUCCCCCGAUUGUUCAGUUUGGCCGGGCGGCCAGCUGUAGGAAGAGUCUUGGUGGUUCCAAACUUUUGCAGUUUAAGAAUGAUGGAGGCCACUGUGUUCUUCGGAACCUUCAAUGCUGCAGACAUUUUUUGGAACCCUUCCCCAGAUCUGUGCCUCGACACAAUCCUGUCUCGGAGCUCUACGGACAAUUCCUUCGACCUCAUGGCUUGGUUCUUGCUCUGACAUGCACUGUCAACUGUGGGACCUUAUAUAGACAGGUGUGUGCCUUUCCAAAUCAUGUCUAAUCAAUUUACCACAGGUGAACUCCAGUCAAGUUAUAGAAACAUCUCAAGGAUGAUCAAUGGAAACAGGAUACACCUGACCUCAAUUUUGAGUCUCAUAGCAAAGGGUCUGAGUACUUAUGUAAAUAAGUAAAAAUGACUAAAACCUGUUUUUGUUUUGUCGUUAUGGGGUAUUGUGUGUGUAGAUUGAUGAGGGGGGAAAAAACAAUUUAAUCCAUUUUAGAAAAAGGCUGUAACGUAACAAAAUGUGGGAAAAGUGAAGGGGUCUGAAUACUUUCCGAGUGCACUGUAGUAUCACUUAUUAAGUAGCACUUCAUUUGGGGAGGUCCAUGUGAAGCCCCUCUACACAAUGCCUUUUUGUUUUCUUCAGAUAUGCUGGAGCUGCAGAGAGCGAAGGAGCACAACGAAAGACUGGAUGGGGAAAUCCGGGUUCUGAGAGAGCGAGUGCGCUCCCUGGACUCUGAGAAGAAAACCCUGUUACAGAUGGUGGGCAUUAACUAAACAUAGGCCUACUGUUGGGCCCUAAAAUAUUGGGUAACCAUAUAUUACCUAACUGAUUCUUUGUAAGCUCGAACAAUAAUGUCACAGACUGCCAAACUCCCAGCACUAUGUGAUGUGGUUAGUACUUGUAUGAUCCUUGUGAGAUAGAAAGAGGAUGUGUUUCCUGUACAGAAGGAAUGAUGUGUGUACACCGACGUGUGUAUUUGUCAGGGGGAGGGCAAUGGCAGUGAGCACCAUAAAGACCUGCCUACGCUGUUGUUGACAACAUCGACACCUGACGAACAGGAGCAGAUUCAUAAAAGGUAUGGAUGCACCCUCAGCCCCUCUGCAGUAAAUACGUUUAUCCUACAUCUGUAGAAUCAUUCUGUUCAGAGGUCUUUCUCUGGUUGUGCUGACCAGGAGUCACCUCAUGUCAGUCAUGUCCACAUGUCAGUCAUAAGAAGUAGCAUUCACUCUAUUCAAUCAAAUGUAUUUAAUAAAGCCCUUUUUAUAUCAGCAGUUGUCACAAAGCGCUGUAUUGCCAUUAAUCAAUGAUCUGACCUAUUUCUUGUUCUGUCUCUUUCUCACACUCUCUCCCUCUUUCACACAUGUAUCUUACUCCCUUAUUUUGUGCCGUCUUUCUCCCUCCCUCCCCUCAACUUACUCUCACCCUGUCUUUCUUUCCCUCCCUCUCUCUUACACACUUUUCUCACACGAUCUCACUCUCUCCCUGACUCUCUCACCCUGUCCUGCAGGUGUCGCGAGGCUGUGGAGGACGUGGGCAGCCAGCUGCGGGAGCUGCAGCGGCGCAUGCAGAGGCAGCAACAGGAGCAGGAGGAGCUGGUGGAGAGGAACGAAGAGCUGGAGGCGCUACUGGGAGAGGCCCAGAACGCCAGCAAGGAGGAGUGCCAGCGCCACGAGGGAGAACUCGAGGGACUGCACCGCAAGGUGGGAGAGGGGGUUGAACGAGAAGGGUCAUAAAUACACUACCGUUUUUUUUUAGAACACGUACUCAUUCAAGGGUUUCUUUAUUUUGACUAUUUUGUACAUUGUAGAAUAAUAGUGAAGACAUCAAAACUGUCAUCAAGGCAAAGGGUGGCUAUUUGAAGAAUCUCAAAUAUAAAAUAUAUUUGGAUUUUUUUAACACUUUUUUUUGGUUACUACAUGAUUCGAUAUGUUCAUUGUUUUGAUGUCUUCACUAUUAUUCUACAAAGUAAAAAAUAGUAAAAAUAAAGAAAAACCCUUGAAUGAGUAGGUGUUCUAAAACUUUUGACCGGUAGUGUAUAUUCUUUCGUUUAUUUUUUAUUUUAUGACAUAAUCAAGAGUAAUUUUCUCAAGACCUUUUCUUCUUAUCUUUUUGCUAACAGAACAUAGAAAAUAUCAGUUUUCACAGAUUUAGACACUGUUAUGGUGCUGGAGAUAAUGAAUAGGAGGUUAUAAAUUAUAAUAAAGUGUUCCUUUUAAACGUCCACUCACAGAUUAAAAGCCUAGAGGCAGAGCUGAAGAAGAUAUGUGCUCAGGACCAGGUACUGAAGGAUGGAGGUGUCGUAGGCAGAGAGACUGAGACGUACUUACAUCAGGUAGGAAAACGUUGUGCUGGUAGUUUAGAGUGGAAAUGUACAAGCUAACUUGCCUGUGCCAUUGUUUUUGUCUCAUCCAACUACUUUCUCAAAGUGUCAGGCACCCAUUUAAUGGUAGUCAUUUAAAACCAAUGUAGCAGGCCAAAGAAGUUCUUCCCAGGCACCCAGAUUGGCCAUCGCCUAGAGCUCUUUGAUUGCCAGUGACCUAUUGUACAUCUUAACGGUUUGUGAUUUGUGAACAUUGAGAACAGGUGCUGUGCUUGAGUUACAAGUUGCCUCUAACCACAAAACAGGACAUCAGUGAAUAAGGACUUUUACCAACUGUAUUAUGUUUUUCUGCCUCCCCUACCUAGUUGAGGGACAGCAGCCAGGAGAGGGUGGCUCUGCUGGAGGCUCGUCUGACCGAGGAGAAGGAUUGGAGGAGACAGCUGGAGGUGGACCUCGGCGCUGCCCAGGCUGCACUCAAAAAGAACAAAGAGGUACACUGCAAGGCAUGCUAGGUAGAAUAAUGGGUUUUGCGAAGUCCAAGGAUGUAUAUAAACUCUGGAUUGCUGACGCUAUGUAUUGCCCAUUGAGAGGCUUUGAAGCCACUGGUCGGCCAUUAUGGCACUCCCCAGUAGGAGCAAUCCUCCAUAGGAAUUAAUGGAAUUCUACAGUAUUUCAAUUAAAUGUUUCAAGGGCAAAAUUACAUGUAUUUAAGUAUUUUUGUUGUUGUAGUGGUUAUGUUUAGCUUACACAAUAUAAUUUAAAAGUAUGUAUUAAGGUGUCUGUAAUAUAAUAUACUUGGCAAAAAUUUAGACGUAAAUGCAUUCCUAUAGCUUCCAAAAUAUUUUUUACAAUGGAGGAGUACCAAGAUGGCUGUGCGGUGGCUUCAAUAAUGCGCCCCCUGUCAGUCAUCCAGGGUUUAUACACGCCAUUGGUAACCUCCAAUGGUUGAAUUGGUCAUUGAAUAGCUACAGUGAGGGAAACAAGUAUUUGAUCCCCUGCUGAUUUUGUACGUUUGCCCACUGACAAAGACAUGAUCAGUCUAUAAUUUUAAUGGUAGGUUUAUUUGAACAGUGAGAGACAGAAUAACAACAACAAAAUCCAGAAAAACGCAUGUCAAAAUAUUUAUUUGCAUUUUAAUGAGGGAAAUAAGUAUUUGACCCCUCUGCAAAACAUGACUUAGUAUUUGGUGGCAAAACCCUUGUUGGCAAUCACAGAGGUCAGACGUUUCUUGUAGUUGGCCACCAGGUUUGCACACAUCUCAGGAGGGAUUUUGUUCCACUCCUCUUUGCAUAUCUUCUCCAAGUCAUUAAGGUUUCGAGGCUGACGUUUGGCAACUCGAACCUUCAGCUCCCUCCACAGAUCUUCUAUGGGAUUAAGGUCUGGAGACUGGCUAGGCCACUCCAGGACCUUCAUGUGCUUCUUCUUGAGCCACUCCUUUGUUGCCUUGGCCGUGUGUUUUGGGUCAUUGUCAUGCUGGUAUACCCACCCACGACCCAUUUUCAAUGCCCUGGCUGAGGGAAGGAGGUUUUCACCCAAGAUUUGACGGUACAUGGCCCCGUCCAUCGUCCCUUUGAUGCAGUGACGUUGUCCUGUCCCCUUAACAGAAAAACACCCCCAAAGCAUAAUGUUUCCACCUCCAUGUUUGACAGUGGGGAUGGUGUUCUUGGGGUCAUAGGCAGCAUUCCUCCUCCUCCAAACACGGCGAGUUGAGUUGAUGCCAAAGAGCUCGAUUUUGGUCUCAUCUGACCACAACACUUUCACCCAGUUCUCCUCUGAAUCAUUCAGAUGUUCAUUGGCAAAAUUCAGACGGCCCUGUAUAUGUGCUUUCUUGAGCAGGGGGACCUUGCAGGUGCUGCAGGAUUUCAGUCCUUCACGGUGUAGUGUGUUACCAAUUGUUUUCUUGGUGACUAUGGUCCCAGCUGCCUUGAGAUCAUUGACAAGAUCCUCCUGUGUAGUUCUGGGCUGAUUUCUCACCGUUCUCAUGAUCAUUGCAACUCCACGAGGUGAGAUCUUGCAUGGAGCCCCAGGCCGAGGGAGAUUGACAGUUAUUUUGUGUUUCUUCCAUUUGCGAAUAAUCGCACCAACUGUUGUCACCUUCUCACCAAGCUGCUUGGCGAUGGUCUUGUAGCCCAUUCCAGCCUUGUGUAGGUCUACAAUCUUGUCCCUGACAUCCUUGGAGAGCACUUUGGUCUUGGCCAUGGUGGAGAGUUUGGAAUCUGAUUGAUCGAUUGCUUCUGUGGACAGGUGUCUUUUAUACAGGUAACAAGCUGAGAUUAGGAGCACUCCCUUUAAGAGUGUAUAACCUGUAUAAAAGACACCUGGGAGCCAGAAAUCUUUCUGAUUGAAAGGGGGUCAAAUGCUUAUUUCCCUCAUUAAAAUGCAAAUCAAUUUCUAACAUUUUUGACAUGCGUUUUUCUGGAUUUUUUUGUUGUUAUUCUGUCUCUCACUGUUCAAAUAAACCUACCAUUAAAAUUAUAGACUGAUCAUUUCUUUGUCAGUGGGCAAACGUACAAAAUCAGCAGGGGAUCAAAUACUUUUUUCCCUCACUGUAUAUGUCAGGGGCCUACUUUGUCCCCUGAUUACAUCUCGCAUGGAUUUAACCUAAAGCAUGUGGAAAGGUUACAACAGCCUACCUCAUUCAUUUGGAAAUGCACAACAGCAAGUUAUUUGUCCUUUGGUUUUAUAGCUGUAUUAGCAGCUAUAGUUGUGUUUAAUGAUAAUACUGUCAUUGUCUGUCACCCCAAGACACUGCAGAGAGAUGAGAGGGAGCUGAGGAUGUUGCGAUUGGAGCUGCAGGGCCUGCAAACUGAAUGUCAACAAGGGAAAACGCUCAUCAAGAGCCUAAUGCAAGUUAAAGGGGAAAAGGGAAUUUUGGAAGAGAAAGUGAGUUGAAUUCACCAAAUUGCCCCUGCCAUCGGUCAUCACUGAAUACAGUCUGUACACCAUUGUUAUAUGUUCAUCAAAAACAUAAACCUCACACUAUAGGGCCAAGCCGCGAUAUACUGGGCUGACCUGGUUAAAUGCUGAAACCGUGCUGAAAAGGAAAAUAUAAAAGUACGGUUUGGGCCAGCAAAGUACGGUUUGGGCCAGCAAAGUACGGUUUCAGCCAGCAAAGUACGGUUUGGGAAGGCCCUAUAGUGCGAAUCGGGCAAUAGGGUUCAGUUUGUGAUUAAUUUCAAAUCCAUCCUUCAUUGUAUUCGACUGCACUGAUAAAGACAUUAUUGUCGCGUAGGAGUGAAGCUACCAAACGGAAGACAAUGCACUGACCUAAUAUCAUUUUCUAUUGAUCUGAAUGGACAACAUGUCUAGUGGAAGUGAAAGUGUUUUUCAUUCACUUUGUGCUCGCGGCAGGUGGCCCAGUUGGAGCGCGCUCAGAGCAGACUCCAGAGUGACCGGGAGCGCCAGACAGACAGCAGCCAGACCGAGAGUAGCCAGACCCAGGAGGACCUGAGGGAGAGCAGGACGCAGGUGGCAGAGCUGGGAGGCCAAAGUGGAGCAGCUCACUUUGGAGCUCUCCUGCUUGGAGGAAGAGCAUUGCACACGGAGGUCAUUAUCUAGACCAGUGGUCACCAACCGGUCGAUCUUCUAGGCAUUCCUAGUCGAUCACCAAACAUUUCUGUAGAAAAGCCAACGAUAAAGACUUGCGCUCCUUUAUUUUUAUUCGACUUUGCUUUUGGCGGAAGGUGCACUUGAUUCAGAAGCCCUGCACGCAGGUUAGGCACAUUUUGAACCAUUUCAUUUGUCUGAAAGGACAAACUCUGCCUACCCGGCGGACCAGGAGAGCUGUAGCUAAAUCAAGAGUGCCUACUGCGCUGGCCAAUCGGAUAGCUCAAAUCACCGUGCCUAGUACAGCUUCCACGACCCCACAGCAAAGUUUGAUACCAGAGAGAAACUGUCAAAGAAUACAGCAAAGAGCUGCUGUUUUUAUGAGUGAGUUCAUGUUUAAGUUUUUUUAUUCAGCAGUGUCAACACUGUUUUUAUAAAGCAUAAAACACGCUUCUCCCGACUCUCGCGCUGCAGCUGCACUGAAUUAGUAGCCAAGUGUAUCGAUAGGCCUGCUCGUUAUAUUUUAAUAUCGAGGAAUAUUUAACUUUCUCUGGUCAUAGGAACAACAUGCAUGAGGCAGAAAUAAUGCGAUGCGACUCGAGUUUCACUAUCAGUAGGAGGACGGUGUCCCUUUGGUCAAUUAAAAAAAAAUAUAUUCUUUCAAUUUAUGCUCCGCUGUGCCUCGCAAGUUAUACAACUGAUCUGUUUUGUUGUCAAAGCUUGAGUUUUGAAAUAUAAUAUGGCCUGAGAAUAACAAUAUUAGCAGGCCAGGCAUUUAGCCAAUAUGCUGUGAUAAUGUAUUAGGCCUACUGCACAAACGUCAUUCCUACAGAACAGUUUUUAUUAAUGUUGCAUAGGCUUACAUUUUUCAUGUUUAAAAAAUAAAUAAUCUGAGCGGUAGAUCUCGGCUUGCUUUUUGACUGCGAAAGUGAUCUUGACUCAGAAAAAGGUUGUUGACCACUGAUCUAGACUUUAGACUGACUUUUCUUUACAUAGUCAUUUUGUGACUAGAGGUUUUCUUUUUUUAUGUGGUACACAUGAUUAUACAGAGAGCCUUGUUGCGGCAGCAGUUGGUGUAAUUGUCCUCUACAGAGUGCAGCUCUGUCCCUAUGAUUCCUUGUGCCGUUCCCCCCAAUCUGCCGUCAUCACACUCCCUCGUAUGGCCUUGCGGUUGUGUACUGUUAGGUUGCCAUACAGUCAUGCAUCCUAGUCAGGUCACAGUUCCCACGUGUCUGACUGUCCAUGCCACAUUUCAGGGAUGAGAUGGCGCAGGAGAGGAGGCGGGCCGCAGACCUCCAGGCCCAGCUGAGUGAGAGGGUCCGGGAGAAGCUGACGGCUGAAGGGGAGAAGGAGAGACUGGGCAUCGAGGUACUCCGGCUCAGGGAACAACUCCAACUCUCCACCCAGACCCGGCAGGAGACAGCAGGGCUCACCAGGUCCAGACAGGACACCCCAGAACCAGACUACAGCUUCCUGCUAGCAGAGAGGACCAAAGAUGAAUGCCUCAACCAGGUACCUGGAUAAGCAUUCACAUAGAAACACAUGGUCAACAUGGGGACUUUCAUAGGGUCUUAAAUAGAAAAACAUCUGAUUUAUGACAAGCCAAAGGAUGUAUGAAUAUCAAAUUGUGUUGCCACAUACAUCAAUUAUCAGUAGAUUGUUUAUGUAUCUUCCAUAUCACAGAUUGUGUGUGUGUGUGUGUGUGCGUGCGUGCGCUCUGCGUUCCCCUCCUAGCUGGCGUCUCUGAAGUGUGAGCUGAGUCGUCUGCACGCCAUCCUGGAGGAGGAGCGGCAGCUGGCCACUCAGCACCAGUUGGCCCUGCAGGCCCAGGUCAACGAGGCCCAGGCCCGCACUAAGGUCAGUACCCAAUGUCCCCUCAAGGGCCUGUCAGUGUAACUCAAUCAAUACUGUCACGCGUAAUCCACUGAACAACGAUAAGCCAACAUUACUCAACGUUAUCCCUCGACGAUAAGCCAAUAUUACUCAAUCAAAAUACUGUCACACCUAAUGCGCUCAAGUCAAAGAAACACACAAUCUAGUCCCUAAUAUAAACACAAAUAUAAAGCCAGGGAAAAAGUGUUUCACGUGGCACUUUUAAAAAUAUAUUGGCUGAUCUUCUCCUUUUGAAUGGUUUACCAAAGGUGAACCAGCCCUUCCAAAUCAGUGGCGUGUCUGUUCCCCCACCCCACCCCCCUCUUCCCCAAUGCCUCCCCAGUCCCAGGACUCCGUGCUGGGGCAGAAAGCUGAGGAGAGCAAGCAGCUGAAGCAGGACAUCCAGAGAGCACAGAGUCUGUUCACCUCGGCUGAGAGGGAGCUACGCUACGAGAGAGAGAAGAACCUGGACCUCAAGAGACACAACGCCCUCCUGGACCAGGAGAAAAUCAAGGUACACUUAACACAACCACAUGUUCACUGACAGCCAAUCCUAACUUUCACUGACAGUUUCACUUAGUCAUGCAUUGAUGUCAAUGGGACUGAGACUUAAGUGCUUAAGUGGAAGUUAGGAUUCGCCUGUUAAAUCGUACCACCAUCGAGCCUAGAAUACCUGCCAUCAUCUUGUCAUCCACUUAACUUUUUUAUUUAUAUAUGUAUAUAUAUGUGUGUGUGUGUGUGUGUGUGUGUAUAUGUUUGUGUGCGUCUGUAUGUUGUUGUUUGCAUGUGUAUGUUGUUUGCAUGUGUAUGUUUUGUAUUGUUAAAAAUAUAUAUAUAUAUAUAUAUAUAUAUAAACUACCAGUCAAGUUUUAGAACACCUACUCAUUCAAGGGUUUUUCUUUAUUUGUACUAUUUUCUACAUUGUAGAAUAAUAGUGAAGACAUCAAAACGAUGAAAUAACGCAUAUGGAAUCAUGUAGUAACCCAAAAAGUGUUAAACAAAUCAAAAUGUUAUAUUUGAGAUUCUUCAAAAAGCCACCCUUUGCCUUGAUGACAGCUUUGCACACUCUUGGCAUUCUCUCAACCAGCUUCACCUGGAAUGCUUUUCCAACAGUCUUGAAGGAGUUCCUACAUAUGCUGAGCACUUGUUGGCUGCUUUUCCUUUACUCUGCGGUCCGACUCAUCCCAAACCAUCUGAAUUUGGUUGAGGUCGGGGGAUUGUGGAGGCCAGGUCAUCUUAUGCAACACUCCAUCACUCUCCUUCUUGGUAAAAUAGCCAUUACACAGCCUGGAGGUGUGUUGGGUCAUUGUCCUGUUGAAAAACAAAUGAUAGUCCCACUAAGCCCAAACCAGAUGGGAUGGCGUAUUGCUGCAGAAUGCUGUGGUAGCCAUGCUGGUUAAGGGUGCCUUGAAUUCUAAAUAAAUCAGACAGUGUCACCAGAAAAGCACAACCCCACACCAUAAACACCUAUCCUCAUGCUUUAUGUGGGAACUACACAUGCAGAGAUCAUUGUCACCGACACCGCGUCUCACAAAGACACGGCGGUUGGAACCAGAAAUCUCAAUUUGGACUCCAGACCAAAGGACAAAAUUCCACACCGGUCUAAUGUCCAUUGUCGUGUUUCUUGGCCCAAGCAAGGCUCUUCUUAUUGGUGUCCUUUAGUAGUGUUCUUUGCGCAUUCGACCUAUCCACAGUCUCUUGAAAGGUGAUUUGAGAGUGUUGUACUAACCUGAUAUUUAUGGCUGCAAUUUCGGUAACCUAAUGACAGCUCUGCACAGAGUAACUCUGGUUCUUCAUUCUGUGGCGUUCCUAUGAGAGGUUGCGACUCUUGUAAGAAACUUAAAAAGUUCUUGAAAUGUUCCGUAUUGACUGUCCUUCAUGUCUUAAAGUAUUGCUGGACUGGCGUUUCUCUGUGCUUAUUUGAGCUGUUCUUGCCAUAAUAUGGACUUGCUCUUUUACCAAAUAGGGCUAUCAUCUGUAUACCCCCCCCCCCCCCCCCACACACACCUUGUCACAACACAACUGAUUGGCUCAAACGCAUUAAGAAGGAAAUAAAUUCCACAAAUUAACUUUUAAGAAGGCACACCUGUUAAUUGAAAUCCAUUCCAGGUGACUACCUCAUGAAGCUGGUUGAGAGAAUGCCAAGAGUGUUCAAAGCUGUCAAGGCAAAGGGUGGCUAUUUGAAGAAUCUCAAAUAUAAAAUAUAUUUUGAUUUGUUUAACACUUUUGGUUACUACAUGAAAACUGUGUGUUAUUUCAUAGUUCUAAUGUCUUCACUAUUAUUGUACAAUGUAGAAAAUACAAAAAAUAAAGAAAACCCUUGAAUGAGUAGGUGUUCUAAAACUUUUGACCGUGUGUGUGUGUGUGUGUGUGUGUAUACAGUGGGGAGAACAAGUAUUUGAUACACUGCCGAUUUUUGCAGGUUUUCCUACUUAUAAAGCAUGUAGAGGUCUGUAAUUUUUAUCAUAGGUACACUUCAACUGUGAGAGACGGAAUCUAAAACAAAAAUCCAGAAAAUCACAUUGUAUGAUUUUUAAGUAAUUCAUUUGCAUUUUAUUGCAUGACAUAAGUAUUUGAUCACCUACCAGCCAGUAAGAAUUCUGGCUCUCACAGACCUGUUAGAUUUUCUUUAAGAAACCCUCCUGUUCUCCACUCAUUACCUGUAUUAACUGCACCUGUUUGAACUCGUUACCUGUAUAAAAGACACCUGUCCACACACUCAAUCAAACAGACUCCAACCUCUUCACAAUGGCCAAGACCAGAGAGCUGUGUAAGGACAUCAGGGAUAAAAUUGUAGACCUGCACAAGGCUGGGAUGGGCUACAGGACAAUAGGUAAGCAGCUUGGUGAGAAGGCAACAACUGUUGGCGCAAUUAUUAGAAAAUGGAAGAAGUUCAAGAUGACGGUCAAUCACCCUCGGUCUGGGGCUCCAUGCAAGAUCUCACCUCGUGGGGCAUCAAUGAUCAUGAGGAAGGUGAGGGAUCAGCCCAGAACUACACGGCAGGACCUGGUCAAUGACCUGAAGAGAGCUGGGACCACAGUCUCAAAGAAAACCAUUAGUAACACACUACGCCGACAUGGAUUAAAAUCCUGCAGCGCACGCAAGGUCCCCCUGCUCAAGCCAGCGCAUGUCCAGGCCCGUCUGAAGUUUGCCAAUGACCAUCUGGAUGAUCCAGAGGAGGAAUGGGAGAAGGUCAUGUGGUCUGAUGAGACAAAAAUAGUGCUUUUUCGUCUAAACUCCACUCGCCGUGUUUGGAGGAAGAAGAAGGAUGAGUACAGCCCCAAGAACACCAUCCCAACCGUGAAGCAUGGAGGUGGAAACAUCAUUCUUUGGGGAUGCUUUUCUGCAAAGGGGACAGGACGACUGCACCGUAUUGAGGGGAGGAUGGAUGGGGCCAUGUAUCGCGACACCUGGAGGGGUCACCUUCCCUCAGUAAGAUCAUUGAAGAUGGGUCGUGACUGGGUCUUCCAGCAUGACAACGACCCCAAACACACAGCCAGGGCAACUAAGGAGUGGAUCCGUAAGAAGCAUCUCAAGGUCCUGGAGUGUCCUAGCCAGUCUCCAGACCUGAACCCAAUAGAAAAUCUUUGGAGAGAGCUGAAAGUCCGUAUUGCCCAGCGACAGCCCCGAAACCUGAAAGAUCUGGAGAAGGUCUGUAUGGAGGAGUGGGCCAAAAUCCCUGCUGCAGUGUGUGCAAACCUGGUCAAGACCUACAGGAAACUUAUCUCUGUAAUUGCAAAUAAAGGUUUCUGUACCAAAUAUUAAGUUCUGCUUUUCUGAUGUAUCAAAUACUUAUGGCAUGCAAUAAAAUGCAAAUUAAUUACUUAAAAAUCAUACAAUUUUCUGGAUUUUUUUUUUAGAUUCCGUCUCUCACAGUUGAAGUGUACAUAUGAUAAAAAUUACAGACCUCUACAUGCUUUGUAAGUAGGAAAACCUGCAAAAUCGGCAGUGUAUCAAAUACUUGUUCUCCCCACUGUAUAUACACACACACUACCGUUCAAAAGUUUGGGGUCACUUAGAAAUGUCCUUGUUUUCCAUGAAAACAUACAUGAAAUGAGUUUGAAUAGGAAAUAUAGCAAAAUGCAUAGGAAAUGUAGUCAUUGACAAGGUUAGAAAAAAUGAUUUUUAAUAGAAAUUGUCCUGUUGUAGGAGGAAAUUGGCUCCGAUCAAGCGCCGUCCACAGGGUAUGGCAUGGCGUUGCAAAAUGGAGUGAUAGCCUUCCUUCUUCAAGAUCCCUUUUACCCUGUACAAAUCUCCCACUUUACCACCAUCAAAGCACCCCCAGACCAUGACAUUGCCUCCACCAUGCUUGACAGAUGGCAUCAAGCACUCCUCCAGCAUCUUUUCAUUUGGUCUGCGUCUCACAAAUGUUAUUCUUUGUGAUCCGAACACCUCAAACUUUGAUUCGUCUGUCCAUAACACUUUUUUCCAAUCUUCCUCUGUCCAGUGUCUGUGUUCUUUUGCCCAUCUUAAUCUUUUAUUUUUAUUGGCCAGUCUGAGAUAUGGCUUUUUCUUUGCAACUCUGGCUAGAAGGUCAGCAUCCCGGAGUCGCCUCUUCACUGUUGACGUUGAGACUGGUGUUUUGCGGGUACUAUUUAAUGAAGCUGCCAGUUGAGUACCUGUGAGGCGUCUGUUUCUCAAACUAGACACUAAUGCAUUUGUCCUCUUGCUCAGUUGUGCACCGGGCCUCCCACUCCUCUUUCUAUUCUGGUUAGAGACAGUUUGCGCUGUUCUGUGAAGGGAGUAGUACACAGCGUUGUACGAGACCUUCAGUUUCUUGGCAAUUUCUCGCAUGGAAUAGCCUUCAUUUCUCAGAACAAGAAUAGACUGACGAGUUUCAGAAGAAAGUUAUUUGUUUCUGGCCAUUUUUGAUCCUGUAAUCGAACCCACAAUUGCUGAUGCUCCAGAUACUCAACUAGUCUCAAGAAGGCCAGUUUUAUUGCUUCUUUAAUCAGCACAACAGUUUUCAGCUGUGCUAACAUAAUUGCAAAAGGGUUUUCUAAUGAUCAAUUAGCCUUUUAAAAUGAUAAACUUGGAUUAGCAAACACAACGUGCCAUUGGAACACAGGACUGAUGGUUGCUGAUAGCGAUUUACAACAUUAACAAUGUCUACACUGUAUUUCUGAUCAAUUUGAUGUUAUUUUAAUGGACAAAGAAAUUGCUUUUCUUUCGAAAACAAGGACAAACAAGGACAUUUCUAAGUGACCCCAAACUUUUGAACGGUAGUUUAUAUAUAUAUAUUUUUUAGCAAUACAAAACAUACACAUACAAACGACAACAUACAGACGAACACAAACAUCUACAACAUCACCCCUUCCCAGAUCCACCUGCUCAUCCACUUAUUAUCAUUGUGUGUUCGUGUGUGUGUGAGAGGUAAUUAUCUUGACGACACUUUCAUUUGGAGUUUCAUUGCAAAGUCAUUUUGUGCUUGGAGGUUUUGUUAUGUGGACUUCUUUUCCCAGGUGUGUGCGGAGCUGAAGCAGGCACAGGCAAAGCUUUCCCAGGCAGAGCAGAGUGGCUCGGGGCAGGCUGCGGAGACGGAGCGGCUGCAACACAGGCUCCGAGAGCUGGAACUGGAGCUGGCCCGCAGCGGGCAGAGCCGCAACACCAACGCCAGCCUGCAGGAGGAGCUCCAAGCAGAGAGAGCCCGCGUCAUCUCCGCAGACAAGAAGGUUCCUCAGUUCUCACUCAAUUCUGAGCCAACAUAUUGAUUGCUUAGCGAUAGUGGAAUAUGGCAUUAGGGUUUUUGAUUUAUCAUGCUUUACAGAAACAUUUGUCCUCCCAGAACACAUCCUGCUCUUCAACAGUUUAAGCUAGACACACCAAUCUAACGUUUAUAAUAUGCAGCCUGACUCAACUUAGUUUGCCUCCAUUAAGGUGUUUUGCUAGUAUUUAUACUUUUUAAACUUUAUAAAGUUUUUGUGACCCCCCCCAAAAGUAUGAAUAUUAUUUCAUGUAAGUGAACCCCUUGCUGUGGCCUGGCUGUGUUCUGUAGGUGUUGGAGCUGCAGCAGCAGCUGAAGCGUGCCCACCACCAGCUCCGUCUGGAGGAGGCCCGGGCUGGGGAGACCAGCCGGCUAGAGAGGGACAGUAGGGACAUGUCCGACACCCUCUCCUCUCUCCGAGCCAGACAGCAGGAGGACCAGCUCCAGAGGUGAUUACUAGUGUAAAGAAAGCAGCAUUGAAUAGCUGAAUAUCCCAUUGACCCACAUAAGUCUAAUUUUCACUUAGUCUGGUUCCUCUUCCAGCUCGUAGUGUGUGAUAGUGAGGGUUGGUAUAGAGCCCCACAGUGGAGGUGUCAUAAUACCAAUAAAACUUAGCAGUCAAACACCAUCAAUUUUUCCGUUUAGGGGAUUUUAGAAACACUUAAAAAAUGGGCUGUGUUUGUGUAGGCUUACCCUGGCGUGACGUUUUGAUAACCAUGUAAAUCUCUCUCGGACAAGGUGACUCUUUUAUUAAUAUAUUCUGCUCUAUUUACUCUGAUUCGAAAAUGAUAAUUAGCAUCAAAGUAGACAUCAUGCAAAACUACAAAUCCCUGCAAGCUCCUGCACGUCAUCUCUAGCUGACACCUUUGCUAUCAUGUAUUGUGCCAAUUUAAAACUUGCACAAAACAGUUCACAGAAUUGUCCAUUUAAAGAAAUGUAGCCAAUUUAUUCAUACUACAUGUAGCUAACAUUAGAUAGUUAAUCCAGAGAGUCUUACCUUUGCCUCGAUUUGGCAGUUUCGUCCAGAUCAUCGUGGCAUUUGGAGUUCUUUAUGAUAGCCACAUUAGCAGUUAAUUAGCAUUUCAUUUUGGGGGCUAAGUACAGGCGAAUAUAUUGGUAAAAGGAACCUUGUCCUAGAGAGAUUUAAAGGCGCUGCAUGGUCAAUCCGCUGUCUGCAUUGGCCGUGCAGAAUUUACGGUGAUAUGUCCUCUGCAGAAAUCAGGGCAUUCAUACUGUACUUCUUGUGCUUCGCAGAGCUGUUGUCAAGGAAGUGAGUUUGUGUUUAUACAGGAACUCCCGCCCUCACCUACCGUCAACCCAAAAUCAAAUAAAAACCUCUAUGGAAAAAAUGAAUGGUGGAAAAACGGUUGGAACCAUUUCCCUGUUUGACCGCUAGGUUUUAUGGGUAUUAUGUUUCAUACUGUGGUACUCUACAGUCAGAGAAUAAUAGUCUGCUGAGGCACACCAGCGCACUUUCCAAAUACACUACUUUGGAUCUUUUCUCUCUCACUCACUGCUAUAUUGCUUUUACCAUGUAGCCCUUAAAUAUCAUUGAGUGAGCUGUAGGACAGAAGAAAAGUCCUCCAGGGCUCACAUUGAAAAAGAGACUCAUAUUCUCAGUCAAAUUGUAUUAGUCACAUGCUCCGAAUACAACAGGUGUAGACUUUACCGUGAAAUGGUUACUUAUGAGCCCUUUCCCAACAGUGCAGAGUUAAAAAGUAAGAAAAGAUAGUAACACAAUAAAAUAACAAUAACGAGGCUAUAUACAAGGAGUACCGGUACCGAGUCGAUAUGUAGGGGUAUGAGGUAGUUGAGGUAACUGAGGUAAUAUGUACAUGUAGGUAGGGCUAAUAGUGACUAGACAAUCAGGAUAGAUAAUAAACAGUACCAGUAGCAUAUGUGAAAGUGUGUGUGUGAAUAUUUUUGUGUGUGUGAGCGUAUGUAGUGUGUAUCUGUGUGUUGGAGUGUCAGUGUAGUAUGUGUGAGUGUGUGGGUAGAGCCAGUGCAAGAAUAUCAGUGAACAUAAAAAUAAAAAAAAGGGGGUCAAUGGAAAUAAUUUAUUUUAAAAAGGAUGCCACUUUUAAAAGUACCAUCACCUAACACCGAGUGCCUGAUCUCACUAUGGCUGUAUCUCAUGUCCCAACAUCGCCGCCCCCCUGAACAGGAAGCUGUUGGAGCAGAGGGAGGAGGAGCUGCAGCAGCAGGUGCGUUCUCUGAGGGGGAAGGAGGCGUCGCUGGGACGCAGCAACUCCGAGCUCAGACACCUCACACAGCAGCUGGAGACACGCCUGGCCGUGGUGGAGGCCGAGCAUGGCAAGGCCAGAGAGGAGGUCAGUAGAUACUGGGCCCAGACGUGGGUUCAAAUACUAGUUGAUAUUUUUCAAAUACGUUGAGCGUUUGCUUUAGUAUGUCUAGAAUGCCAGGUGGGUGGGGUUUGCCCUUUUGGGACUUCUCUAUUGGUUCCAUGGCAACAGGGAAGCUCACUCAAGCCCAGCUAAUGUUUUUUGAAAUGAUCUCAAGUAGUAUUUGAACCCAGGUCUGCAGUACCUACAGGAUCUACCUCUGAAGCGAGUUUCCAAUCCCAUAGCUCUGUUACUUCUCUCUGCCCUCAUUCACCCUUACUGGGUCUCUGUGCCCAGACAGGUGGAAACCAUUUGGCCAACACUUUAAUGAAGCUAAUGUUUUGAUUAGUGUAUGUAUUUUUAAAGACUGAGCUUCAUGUUAAAAAUUAAAUUUUGCGACUAUUCGAAUCAGAUAAUUUGUAGAAUUUGAUAUUCGUCAAUUCGACUCCAUGGGGUCAACCCUAGUAAUAGGAAUACAGAUUGAACGUUAUGUUUUGGGUAUGCAUGGUCUGGUAUGCAGCAGAGAGAGAGCCAGAGGACGUGUCUUCAGCUGGGAGAGGAGCUGGUGGCCAGUCAGCAGGAGAGUGACCGGCUCCAGGAGGAGCUCCAGCAGGUCAUCACGCAGCUGGACACGCACAUCAGGUCAGACCCUGUUCAUCGAGUAGCCUAUAAAGGGAUUUUCACACUACUGUGCCAAACCAAACUGAACAGGCCUGGCUACGCAUCCAACCACAGUUGCUGGAACUGUGCUGAAAAGGAAAUAUCAGAGCCAGCACAGUUUGGUUCGGGUCGUUUGUGCACGAUAGUGUGAAAAGGGUAUAUGUAAUGAGCACAUUUGUUCACACACACACACCACCAUCCUCUCCAGCGACUUACUGUACACAUACACAAACAUUAAGAUGACUUCCUCCAUGAAUACCAUAAACACUAUAGACUAUAAUUAAACUAUAUAGACAUCAAUGACACAUCAUGAACGCUCCAACAUCUCUCCCACCUCCCCGUUCCACAUACAGGAAGUACAAUGAGAAACAGUCACAGCACAAGACCAAGCUGAGGAAGGCCAAGCAGAUCUUCCUGAAGGCCACGGCCCAGAGAGACCGCACCAUCCAGAAACUGGAGAACGACCUGGCCCUGGCCUCCAGCCUCUCCCACAAGGUCAGUCUGUCUGUCCAUUUGUCAGUCAUUUCAUUGGUUUCAUGGUUUGUUUCAUGAAUAGGGACAGGUACAAACACAUUGACACAUUGAUGUAACAAUCAUCCGAUGCUCUAUGUUAAUUUUCAACAUCCCUAGAUGGGCUUGUCUGCCCUUGUUGAAAGAGUGCCAUCUGUAGGGCAUGGUGUCUGUUGUGUCUGAGAGGGCAUUGAGAUGUGGCAUGAGCAGUUGCUGUAAUAGGAAUAAUAAUGAUGAUAGCCUUGAAGGACUCUACCCCUCUCUCUCUUUUGUCUCUCAUCCUUAUGGUAUGCAGGAGAAAGACUGGAUCAGGACAGUUAUGGAGGAGAAUGAAAAAUUGCUGGUAGAGAAGAGAGAACUUCUGAGGAGGAUGAGCGAGGCAGAGGAGAUGGAAAGCAAUGGCCUGAGAAAGGCCUCCAAUGUUCAGCAUAGGUACUGAGUACUCUAUCUAUGAGUUUGAGUGUGGUUACAUUUCUCCAGCCCCAUUCCUUAUUUUUGUAAUAAGUAGUUAAAGCAAGGUUGGGCUGCCAAAUUAAGGAGUGUGUCUUUAGGGUAAGGGUUAGUGCUGAUGUGAAUGUGUUCGCCACACGCAACUCAGGCUAUAACAUAGUCAUGGGUUAUCACAUGGGUAAAGGUGUAGUUCAGCGAAAUUAGGGAAAGUUCAACAAAACCAACGUGUGGAAUUCAGUCACUGCUUCUCCAUAGACUGCUUUCAAGGUAAGGAAACAAAUAUCUAAAUACUGUAAAAGUUCAAUUAAACGCGAGUCUCAAAUAGCCGCCUGUCUCUUUUUUUAAUAGCCACGCAAUGGCACGCAUUUUAGCAAAUAAAUACCUGUUUCAAAUAAACACUGGGUCUAAAUUAAUUGUUUACGAGGUUUAAUGUUUGAUUUGUUACAUUAAAUAAUUCAGUAAUGACUCGAACAUUUUUACAAUCAUCCAUUUUUAUCGUUAGUAAGAAACUGCUAGCCAUUGGCUGCCAACAGCUGAUAACUGCAAGCUAACUGGCUAGCAGAAAACAGUCAAUAACUUAGAGAGUACAGACCCCCAGAAAUAGGCAGAUCGCCCUCUAGUGGCAGAAGUAAGAACUGCCGGAAAUGCACAGUCAGAGUCAAAUUAUUCUGUCAAGGAAAAGUAUAUUUUUUUUUAUGGCGGUAUACUAAGACAAAAGAAAAGUGACAUUAACUAGGUUUUCAUUCAAUUGGCGACAGAUUUUCAUGUGAAUCUUUUUUUUAAAGCAUAAAGAAAAUAUGGGCAUUUUCCCACCAGUGGUGUUUCCACCAAACAGACUGGUUGUGGAUUAGAAAUCACUGCGUGAUGACAGUGCAGACAAAAUAUAUUUUUUCACUUAUGUUUUCAUGUACCGAAUAAAAUCUAAAGUUAAAUAUCUUUCCAUCGCAUUUUCAACUCUACCGAUAGUUCUGUCACAAAAACUGUUGCGUUAAAUAGCAAAUGUGCCUACCAUGGUCUUGAAACGUGUGCUCUAGCCAACAGGUCGCAGAUACCGUUUGGGUAGGCUGUGCAGGUAGUCUACAUGAUGAGAUUAUUAUGGAUAGCCUAAGAGUGAUAAUAUUUUUAUUUGUCAAAUGGCAGUCAAGCAUCGAACAUGUCACUAAAAUAAGACCCUAGAUAUUUAUUGGAAAGGAGCAUCAAGAUCACCAUGCACUUUCACCACCCUGUGAAGUUCAUCGUGACUUAUUUCAUCUGUAGCCUAGUCAACUGCACGUUUUCCCGAGUCGUAACGGGAGGACCACACACCAUAUCAUCGCGUGCCUCAAAGUUGACUUCUAUAUGAUUGUUAUUAUUUCAAUAUUUGCGCAUAAAGGCGUUUCCACCACCAUUUCUCGCAUAACCAUGUUGAACAAACAAAUUAACUUCCUUUUUCCAUCACAGCUGUUGUGAUUUUUGACUCGCAUAAACUCUGGAUGGAAACGUGGUUACAGUGUGUAAAUGAUAACACAUUAGUGCAGGAAAUGAAGAAAUGUAUUAAAAUGCUGGAAAUGAAUGCUGGAAUUAAACAAUUAACUAUGCAAAUGACCAAAAGCUGUGUGCAUUAAGGAAAUAGAUGCCUGGCUCAAAUAGAAGUUUGUCUAUUUGACUGUUGUGUUCAGUCAUUUAAGCAAAUAAACUCCCUGGCUAUUAAUACAAGUUUUACAAUAUGUAAUUUCGCCGAAGUGUCCCUUUUUAAGGUAUGUAACCAUACAGUACACAAUAUACUACUGACUGUCCUCAUGUUCAACUGCAUAGGUUUAUUGUGGUCCAUCCUUUGUGUAGUUACAUUACUUUUAGAGAAGGUAUGUAGCCAGAGCUGGUAGAACAGUGAAAGUAACUGCAGAGCUGUGUUGCCCAUCUCCUGUCCACACGGAUCAUGUGUCUCUUUCAGGGUCAACUUUCUGGAGGUGGAGAACAGACAACUUCAGGAAAUAACUUUAAAGUUGGCCAAUCAAGUCGGAACACUAGAGCGGGCUCUGAGGAACGUCCAAUCACCAUCGCUCUGCAACAUAGAGGUACCAAUCCCAUGGUCCCUGACAUUGGAGCAAAAGAGCAUCAUGUUUUCCUAACACAUUUUUCAUCCGCUUUCCCCCCUCAGGAUAUCAAGAAAAUGUUUCCUUCUGAAAGUCUUCCGAACGACAGCGUCCUUCAUGCGUCAACAUUAAGGUACAAAUUGCUUAGAUGCAUACAAUAUAUUGCAUAUAUUCUGGAACUAACUGCAGCUCUUUACAUUUACAUUUUUUACAUUUUAGUCAUUUAGCAGACGCUCUUAUCCAGAGCGACUUACAGUUAGUGAGUGCAUACAUUUUCAUACUGGCCCCCCGUGGGAAACGAACCCACAACCCUGGCGUUGCAAGCGCCAUGCUCUACCAACUGAGCUACAGGGGACUCUUUGUUAAGUGUUGCUGUCAUUUCAGUCGCUUUGGUAGCUGACUUGUAUAGUGUUGAGUCAUCUGCAAACAUAGACACACUGGCUUUACUCAAAGCCAGUGGCAUGUCGUUAGUAAAGAUUGAAAAAAGUAAGGGGCCUAGACAGCUGCCCUGGGGAAUUCCUGAUUCUACCUGGAUUUUGUUGGAGAGGCUUCCAUUAAAGAACACCCUCUGUGUUCUGUUAGACAGGUAACUCUUUAUUCACAAUAUAACAGGGGGUGUAAAGCAAUAACACAUACGUUUUUCCAGCAACAGACUAUGAUCGAUAAUGUCAAAAGCCGCACUGAAGUCUUAACAAAACAGCCCCCACAAUCUUUUUAUCAUCAAUUUCUCUCAGCCAAUCAUCAGUCAUUUGUGUAAGUGCUGUGCUUGUUGAAUGACCUUCCCUAUAAGCGUGCUGAAAGUCUGUUGUCAAUUUGUUUACUGUGAAAUACAAUUUUAUCUGGUCAAACAGAUUUCUCCAAAAGUUUAAGGAUUGAUUAUUUGUUUGUAUGUUCUUAUUUGAAGCUACUCUUCAACGUUGUGACUGCUCUGGGCUUGAACAACAUUUUAACUGCGCUUGUAGCAAGGUCAUUCAUAACUUCUUGCACACCAUUCAUCCAUUGUUCUUACAGUAACCACUUGUCUGUCUGCAGUCUGACAUCAGGUGCGUGUGACCCUCUGGGCAUCCUCGAUGCCAUCUGCCGGGGGAAGGUGGGCGAGCGCGUGGAGGGCAUCCGGAUGUCGUCCUCCACGCCCCAUUCCCAGUCGCAGUCCUUUGAACUGGGCUACCUGAACCUCACCUCCCCUGUAGCUCCCCCAGACACCAAAGACCCAGAGGAGAGUGACCAGUGA